AUGAAGAAAAACAUAAAAAAGCAAGAUUUUGUGACGGAUAAUCAUAACAGUGAACCGGUUAUUGUCAACGAUGAUGAUGAAGAUAUUGAAUCUUUGAAUUCUAAUGUUCCAUCCAAAGUUAGGGGGAAAAAGAGAAAGUUGAUUUCAAAGGAGUUUGAAACAUUUGAUAUUAUUAAUACAACUUCGAAAAAGAGGGAACUUGAGAUGUAUUUAGAUGAACAAAGAAUUGAUUUAUCUCAAAAUGUCCAAGUUCUUGAUUUUUGGAAAGCACAUGCAUAUCGUUAUCCAAAUUUGUGUAGAAUGGCAAGAGAUGUUUUAUCUAUUCCAGUAUCAACUGUUGCUUUAGAAGCUUCUUUUAGUAUUGGUGGAAGAGUUCUUGAUCAAUAUCGUAGCACAUUGACCCCACAAAUUGUUGAGUAA